AUGUCGUCUCAUCAGCGAGUCAGAGGUCGUUAUAGGGACACGGAGAAGACCACUUCUUCAUCAGAUUCAGAUUCGGAUAUUCCCCUUCCAUCGUUAUCGACGAAAAGACGAACUGGUAAAUAUUGGACAGAUAGACAUGCUACUGGACUUGGUAAUCUCCUAGCUCUCUCUUUUGUACUCUGGUUAUUCGCCAAAGGGACAGGAUUCGAAUUCCCAUUCCCUAAACCAUCAACCCCACCUUCAGUAACACCCAAAUUCAUCGAAGAAGGUAUCAGACAAUGUGAAAUCAUCAAUAGGUCCAUACCUCAUUUCGAGCCUUCAUCCAACAAAAGAAAAGAAAACGAUAGAUACGUAAAAGGUACUAAACCAACUCUAUUGAAGAACGGAACUUUAUGGACAGGUGAAAAAGAUGGACAUGAAGUUUUAUAUGGUGUAGAUAUCUUGAUUGAGAAUGGAUUAAUCAGAAAAAUUGGAAAAUCGAAAGACAUACUUUUAUCUUUGAAAGAGAGAAAGGAUGCUGUCGAAGAAGUUGAAUUGAACGGUAGCUGGGUCACGCCAGGUAUCGUCGACCUCCAUUCGCACAUGGGUGUGGACGCUGCUCCGGAGACAUUUGGAUCGGAAGAUACCAACAGUGUCAAACAAAGUGUGAUGCCAUUUUUGAGAUCUCUCGACGGAUUCAACACCCACGAUUUGGCUUUCAACCUUUCCAUCUCAGGUGGUAUCACCACUAUGCUAGUAUUACCUGGUUCUGCCGAUAGUAUCGGCGGACAGGCGUUCCCAUUCAAGCCUAGAUGGACCGCUGAGAACACUCCUCAAUCAAUGCUUGUAGAGCCGGCUUGGAAGAUAGACAAUGGUACUUGGGCCCGAACUCAUUCAUGGCGACAUAUCAAACAUGCCUGUGGAGAGAACCCCAAACGAGUAUAUUCACAAACGAGAAUGGACAACGCAUAUGAUUUCCGUCAAGCUUACACCCAUGGUAAAGAAUUAAAAGAUAAACAAGAUCGAUGGUGUACAUCACCCAAGACUCAAACUGAACCUUUCCCGACUUCACUUGAUUGGGAAGUUUUAUCUGAUGUUAUCAGAGGAAACGUCAAGGUUAACAUUCAUUGUUACGAAACGACCGAUUUAAACUCUCUGGUCCGAAUCUCAAAUGAAUUCCAAUUCCCAAUAGCGGCAUUUCAUCAUGCUCAUGAAACUUAUCUCGUACCAGAAUUACUCAAACAAGCUUGGGGACCACCUCCUGCAGUAGCCAUCUUCUCUACGAAUGCAAGAUACAAGAGAGAAGCUUAUAGGGGUACCCAAUUCGCUCCAAAGAUCUUAUCAGAAGAAGGUUUAUCAGUCAUUAUGAAAUCUGAUCAUCCAGUAUUAGAUUCAAGAUAUCUUAUAGCGGAAGCGAGUUGGGCAAAUCACUUUGGAUUAAAUACUACCAUCGCGUUAAAUAGUGUUACUACUAGUCCUGCAAAAGCGAUGGGAUUAGACCAUCGUAUUGGUUAUUUAAGAGAAGGUUAUGAUGCGGAUAUAGUCAUCUGGGAUUCAUUCCCUUUGGUUCUAGGUGCUACACCAAAACAAACUUAUAUUGACGGUAUAAAACAAAUUCUACAUCCCAUCUCUCACGAAAAACCAGUACACGCUCAGAAGAUCCCUCCUACUGGUAAAUGGGAUAAAGAAGCUAGAGAAGCAGUCGAGUUCAGAGGUGAUCAAGAUUUAAGACCUAAAAAAUCAGCUAAAAACGUCAUCUUCCAAGAUGUCGGUGAAUUCCACCUCUCCACAAACACCUUCGCAGAAUACGAUGUACAGACAUUCGAAGAAGGAAAAGGUGUUGUAAUAGUCCAAGCUGGUGAAAUCACAUGUGUAGGAAAAUGUUCCACUGAACAAACAGAGUCAGGCUUUGAAAUCAUCAACCUUAAAGGAGGUGCUAUAACUCCAGGUGUGAUCACCGUGGGCAGCAAAUUAGGUUUGGUCGAAAUCGAUCAAGAGAAAUCUACUUGGGAUGGGGUCGCUCCUGAUCCAUUGAAUGACGGAUCUGAACUCACCAACGGAUUACUAAUCCAUGGGGUUGAUGGAGCUCAAUUCGACGGUAAGAAUGAGCUGCUCGCUUAUCGUGCAGGAGUGACGACCGGUGUCGCAUAUCCUAAAUCAUCUUCAUGGAUUAAUGGCAUCUCCUUCUCGUUCUCUCCAGGAGCACUUCACCCUCUAUCUGAAGGUGCUAUUCAAUCUUCUUACGGUGCAUUGCAUAUCACAUUGGAUAAUUCCAAAACUUCAGUAUCAACCAAGAUUGCUAUCCUUCGAAAACUACUUACACAAGAUCAACCUGAAGAUGCCAAAACGGAACUGACCGAAGCUUUCGAUAUGAUCAAGGACGGCAAGCUGGUAUUGGUUGUCAAGACCGAUAAGGCAGAUACCAUAGCUUCACUCAUUAGGUUGAAGAAGGAACAUGCUUCAAAAUCUAAGAUUACUAUUUUGGGUGGACUGGAAUCUUGGUUGGUCGCUGAGGAAUUGGCCGAAAAUGAUAUCGGAGUGAUUGUCGCUCCCGUUCGAUCAUAUCCUGGUGAUUGGAAUACCAAAAGAAUACUUCCUUCCGUUCCGUUGUCAAACCAUACUUUACCUUCUUACCUUGUUUCUCGUGGUAUCACCGUCGGAUUAGGUAUCAAAGAAGAAUGGCAAGCUCCCAAUACAAUGUAUGAAGCAGCUUGGGUAUAUGCCAAUUCACCUUCAGGAAUAUUCACGAAAUCUGAGGCAUUAGAUUUAGUAGGUAAAAAUCUUGAGAAAUUACUCGGUUUGAACACCAAUAAAGGAUCUCAAACAAAAGCUUGGGUAGCUCAUCAAGGUGAUCCUUUCUCGUUUGGAGGUAAAAUCAGAGGUGUAAAAGGUGUUGGUCAAGUAGAGAUUGAUUUAUUCUAG